GAAGGACUCCUUCAACAUGGCUCCCGCAGAGACGAGUCUAGCGCUGAACCUGCAGGAAGACGCAAAGUUUCAGAAGGUUCUGACACAAGCCCAACAUCUCGUGAAAAAGCAAAAGAAGGAAGAAAAAAGUCUUAAUCCUGGAGUGAUCUUUGUGGGCCACCUGCCAGCAAUAUUUUCUGAAAGUCACCUCUAUGAUUACUUUACCCAGUUUGGCACUAUUAGCAGAUACAGACUGUCCAGAAGUAAACGGACUGGAAACAGCAGAGGGUAUGGUUUUGUGGAGUUUGAGUCUGAGGAUGUUGCCAAGAUAGUUGCAGAAACAAUGGACAACUACCUUUUUGGUGCAAGACUUCUAUCGUGUAAAUUUAUGCCACCAGAAAAAGUCCAUAAGGACCUUUUUAAAGAGUGGAACGUUCCCUUUCAUCAGCCAUUAUUUCCGGCAGUGGAUCGCUAUAAUCAGAAACGGGGGCAUUUGCAAAUGUUGAAGAUGGAAUAUCGGUUCAAGAAGAAGGAAAAAUUACUCCGGAAGAAACUAGCUAAGAAGGGGAUUGAUUAUAGUUUCCCUUCGUUGGUGUUACCUAAUCCAAAGAAAGGGGCUUCACAGGGCACUCCGGAGUCCAAGGGUAACCAGGAUCCCACACCAGUUUGUACACCAACAUUUUUGGAGAGACGAAAAUUACAAGUGACUGAGAUCGAUGACAAUAAAGAUGAUGAAAUCAUUUUCAAACAGCCCGUGCCCACAGUGAAAGAAGAGGCACCAAAGACUCCAACACCUGCACGCUCUGGGACAAAAAGACCAAGAAAAAGGAAGAGCAACCAGGAUCCUGAAAGUAUGCUGUGUGUGUCUUCCAGGCAGAUGUGGUUUUGUUAUAAAGGCCUACAUAUGUUACUGGUGCUGCAACAUGCAAGCCACUGACGAGAUUAUUGGAGGAAAAACACAUGUUUGUUCAUGCCGGUGAGGCACGCCAUCAGGAAGUUGGCUGUUGUGCCCUCUCCUGGCCUGAGUUUUAUUCAGGCUUCAUGGCUGCCGUAGUUUACUCUGCCUGUAUCACAUCACAGACUUAGAUACCACCAGUGCUGUGCA